UCUCUUCCACAAUGGAGAACACUGCCUCUUGAUCUUUAAUUGAAGGCGACCCAUUGUCUUACUGAAACUGUGGAAUACCUGGUCAUUGCUCUCCAACAUCCCAACAAAACACAAAACACAAAACACAAAUCACAGUGUCUUUCAUUCUGUGGCUUAAGCAAUUGACUUUGAACGAUGCGCGCCUUAGCAGCUCACCUUAACACUCUGUUGUUCAAAAGAAGGCAUUGGAAUGCGCAAUCUCGGAACUUCUCAUCAUUUAAUGGAAAAGAUGAAGCCUCUCUUGAACAGGAAACCGAGAGGAAAAUCGGAUGGUUGUUGAUACUCUUCUUUGCUGGCACUGCAACUUUUGUUGCUUAUCAGUUCUUUCCUUACAUGGGAGAUAAUUUGUUGAACCAAUCUGUUUCACUUUUGCAUGUUAAGGAUCCAUUGUUUAAGAGAAUGGGGGCUUCUAGAUUUGCCCGUUUUGCAAUCGACGAUCAAAGAAGGAUGAAAAUAGUUGAGAUUGGUGGAGCUCAAGAGCUCUUAAAUAUGUUGGGAUCUGCGAAAGAUGAACGAACUCAGAAAGAGGCGAUGAAAGCUCUUAGUGCACUGUCAAAUUUAGAUGAAGCAGUCAAAGCUUUGCACAAUGCUGGGGCAAUCUCAGUUAUAAAGUCUACCCCAGACACCUUUGAAGAGGCCGAAAUCGGGACAUACAAAUCGAACUUACUGAAGAGAUUUCAAGAUUUGAGAUGUGAUAUUUCAUCUUCAAAAGUUCUUUAACUCUUUGAAUUUGGGGCUGCAGUUAAAAGAAAACUCUAUUCUAUAGGAACAUGAAAAUUUGAUUGUAUAAUUUUGCUGAUUUUAGAGUUGGAAAUUCACACUGUAAGUCAUUGGCUCAUGUGCCCGUGUCUUUCAUAUUUACUUCACUGAAGACUCACUGGAUUAUGUUAUCCCAAAGAAAUAAGGAACUUUGUUCUCUCUC